AUGAAACUCAGUCGGGUCUUUUUACGGCAAAAGCAGCCCCAACUCCCUCGCCCACGCCGUUUGAAGAUUGUUAAUAUCCCUCUCAUGAAGCAUGACAUAUGUCUUCAGCUACAAGUGCCCAAUGUCGAUCUACAUCCUGAAAGGUCCGAGCCCACGGUUCUCAACUCAACCCGCCUCGACACAUCUCCCAAUGUCUCAGCAGUGCAAAAGGCUCAUCUAGAACUCAAAGUGGCCAUGCAUGCAGCUGCUACGUCAUUUCAGACCUGUGAGGAACAGAGCAGAGCUGAGGUCGCAGUAAUUAAGAGAUUCUUCCCUGGUUGCCUAGCGGAUAACGUGCGGAUCUGCUUCGCAGCAUGGCUCGCCUUUGUCUGCGCCAUGGACGACAAAUUGGAGAGCCUUCAACCUUCUGAGGGAGAGACUGUUCUGUAUCGCUGCAUUGGAAUGUUGAGAAACAGCCACAAAUUCAACACCAAGAGAAUAGUCCCCGACACUGAGGUUGAAAGGCUAACCUGGCUCUUAUACGAUCAUAUCAGGCUUCAUCUUCCUGCGGGUGCCUGUGAUGUAUUUUUUCGGGCAAUAUGCGAAGUAUUCAAAGCUCAUAUCGCCGAGUGUCACUUCCUAGAUAGUCAGAAUACCCACGAUUUGUCUAAAUACAUGUCCAUCCGAAGACGGACCAUCGCACUUGACCCUUUCUUUGAGGUAAUCAAAUACGUACAUCUUCCAGAGAGCUGGCGUCGAAAGCCUAUAUGGAAGAAGCUCCAAGAAGAGGUUUGCAGCACCGCAGGACUGCAGAAUGAUCUUCUCGGGCUGGAAAAGGAUAUUGAGAACGGCGACGGACUCAACUCUGUCCUUGUGCUUCUACGGAACGAAAGGGCAGGCAACACCUACGACCGUGACCCUGAAAAGUUUGCAAAGUCUAUUUCUCUAGUCAUGAGGAUGCACAAUGAGAGUGCCCGAAGGGUGUCGGAUUGCAUGGAGGAACUCUUCCAACCAGCUGAUGAUGUUCUGCCGGAUUCGGUAGUGGAGGUUGCGAGGCAUCUUACGUUGGUCUGUGAGACACACCUGGCAUGGUGCGCCUCGGCGAAAAGGUACAUGCCAAGAUCGGAGUGA